CGAAGGAGAAGAGGGCGGCAAAAUACAGGCGGCCCAUGGGCGGCAAGUAGAUGAAUCCGGUCCUGAGCGCAGAUCAUAAAGAGCGUCUUAACUCCGAAAUGUAUUGUCACUUCACGAUCCGACUCAAGUUACCCGUGCUGAUUUUCGGAAUGUAUGCGGACUCAUUACAUGCAAAACAGAUCGCCUUCAACCCCUCACGUAUGCAACCAAGGUGUAUAAAAUGUCUCUGCAGAGUAUAGAUUACGUCGAACUUCUACGCAUCACAAUAUUUAUUACAAAUUCACGAAAUAAAAUCGUGAAGUUUCUCAAUUAAUAAACACUCAUAAUAUUUUCGAUGCUUAUGUAACAAGACGUAAAACCCAAGUUUCUAGAUUUCCUUGAGUCAUUGAUAUCGAUGCUAUUGUGAGUUGCAUCAGCGCGGCUUUGAUUUUUUUUUUGUGAAUUAGAGGAAGAAAUGUGGCGUCAUGAUCAUUGAAACAGUAGCUCUGUGAGAGAUAAAGAUAAGCUCAGAUAAAUUUAUACUGAAAUGUGAAAAUAAGUGGGUGCCUGCCGGCUGUAAUUAGAACAAUUUUGCUCUCAGUGAUACUCAUGUUUACUUUAAGAUUUUAAUUAUUAAAGUGUAAUAACAAGUGAUCAGCUCUCUGUUUGUUCUAAUUCCUCUCAAGUGCGAGAACUUAUAUACGUUGAAAAGUUUCUACAUUCACACAACUGGACCUUUAAGGUUUACAGGAUUGAUCAGUAUGGAGAAUACCAGGCACAGCAUGACAACGGCGGCUUAUUUUACCUUUGUUUACAUUUUUAUCUCAUCGGGGGAAGCAGCGGACCUUGGAAUUGGAUCUCAUUCAACAGUUUUCUGUGAUAAAGCGUAACCAACAUCCACCCAUCAGUCAGCUCAUUCAAAUCAGUGACCAGUGCAUGGGAGUGUGUUUACAAUCAGCACCUCGGGGAAAAUGCGGGCCUCCGAGUGUAUUCUGCAGAAAAUCGAAAAGUUUGAAAACGCGGUUGCGCAGGUGGACGGCGAGACAGGGCGGAAAUUAACAUACAACGAUAUAAUAGAGAGGAGCAGUGCGCUGACAAGAUGGCUCCGUGCCCGCGGCGUCGGGCCCAAGGACGUUAUCGUGCUCAUGAGUAAAAACAACGCCGACUACGUGUGGAUCCUCCUAGGUAUCUGGAACUCCGGCGCGGCAUGCUACCUCAUCAACCCACGAUUCACUCUCAGGGAGAUCCUGCACGCUUUGAGCCUGGUCUCGGUGAAGGGCCUCAUCCUCGAGAAAGGGACGUUCACGACGAUCUUUUGCCCGCCGAUGGGCGAAAUCAAACACGUCAUCGAGUUCGGUGACAACCCCAACGUUGAGCUCAGCGAUGGCGUCAUCUCAAUGAACAAGGUAUUGGCCGAGCCUCACGAUUACGCCUUCCGCGCGGGGGACGCGGGCCUUCUGGGGCCCCCGAACAACGACGCGCGGCUGCGGAAGAAAAGUGCGGUCAGCUCCGCAGUAACAGGAAGCGAAUUGCGGAGCUUGCGCGAGCUGGAGGAGUUGGAGAAUAUUCCCGAGGAUUUGGCAUUGGUCCUCAAUUCCAGCGGGUCGUCCGGCUUGCCCAAAGGGGUCAUGCUCACCCACCAGAAUAUCAUCGCCUCUUUGAAGCUCAGCAAAACCUUCAUCGAAAAGGGCGAAAGAGCAGUGGGCCUAAUGCCAUAUUUCCAUGCUUACGGACUCGUUUUGAUGCUUAUGUGCCUGUACGAAGGGGCAACCGUUGUCAACAUCUCGAAAUUUUCCUUACCAUCGUUGAUAAAAACAAUCAAAGAAUACUCAUUGACACACCUCCACAUCGUGCCGUCUCUCUUGGUGACGCUGAUCAAAUCGUCGUGGAUAAAUUUCGGAGACCUGAAAUCCGUGCAGCACGUCUGGACGGGGGCAGCCCCGAUCGGGGCUAAAGAGCAAGAGGAUCUGAAGAAGAAAUUUCAGCAAGCGGUCGUGAUCCACCACUCGUACGGACUCACGGAGACCACCUUCACUAUGUUCACUGGGGUCAGCAGCCUCCAAAAACCUGGCUCUCCCGGAAGGCUCAUCGACUCCAUGCAAUGCAAGAUCGUUGACUUGGAAAACAACAACGUGCUGAAGCCAGGAUCGGUAGGCGAGGUCUGCUUCAAAGGUCCGCUUUUGAUGAAAGGAUACAUUAAUAACCCUAAGGCAACGGCCGAAGCGAUCGACUCUGAGGGAUGGCUGCACACUGGAGACUUGGGUUACUUCGAUCAAGACGGCUAUUUCUUCUUCGUCGACAGGGUUAAGGAGAUAAUUAAAUACCAAGGAUACCAGGUUUCGACGUGCGAGCUGGAAUUCGUCUUGAUCUCGCACCAGUGGAUCCAGGAUGCAGCGGUGAUUGGAAUCGAGCACAAGAUUUACGGGCAAGUUCCAAGAGCAUUCGUUGUUUCACAGUCGUGCCCAGCCUCCGACGUUACAGCUCAGGAUAUCCACGACUACAUGCGCGAAAUGGUCGCGCCGUACAAGCUUCUCCGAGGUGGAAUCGUCUUCGUAGACUCAAUCCCAAAAACUCCGUCUUGCAAGAAUCAACGGCCUGAGCUUCGAUUGAUGGAAGUGAGGACUGUCUUUUACGACCAGAAAAUCAAGUCAAGAUGAUGCUGCAACUGCAUUUCAGAAGAGAAAAGACAAGCUGCUUAGUAGUACUUAACGUAGACUAAGACCUAUCCUGUCAGCAUUUUUCUACCAAAAAAAUUCCGCAGCAUCUUAGAGUCUACGGAAUAAAUCGAUGAGAUAUUAAGACUGACGCUCUGGAUCUUUAAACAUGGUCCAGAGCAUAAUUUUAGGAUGUAAUUUUAAGGAGCUAGAUUAAGGAAAUUUUCCAUAUUUUAAGGGGUUUUUUUCAGUGCUAUUUUUAGAGAGUAAUAUUUUUAUCUCAUCAUACUUUCUCCACAGAGCUUAUGCUGGGAGCGCAUAUUUUAAAAGAAAAGCGAUUGAUGUCUAAUCGUGUUAGCUAAUACGCUGAACACUGAACAUACAUUCUAUUGUGAACGAAGGGGGCGGGAGUGUUUUAAAAUGCUUUUUAAUUUCUUUCCUGUGUACUUUUAUGUUAAGAGCCAAAUUCAUUCAAAAACAAAUUUUACUCCGUGAAAAUGGAAAUUCAACAAAGUCAAGAGGUAUUUACACCGUGCAGUGAUAGUUAUUUCUCAGAUUAUAACACAACAUUCACAGCAGUGAUUGAAAUGAUUUCCUUACUUUUACUAAAUCUAGAAACUGCGUAGAACUUUUAAAAAUUCUGCGUUGAGUGUUACAUUAUAGGUUGAAAAUUCAGCCGACAGUCAAAUGGAUGAAGUUUCAGAAGAAUAGUCUCAAUUAUGUAUAUUCAUAAAAAAUACAGCUACGAAAAGAAUGUGUGUUUAAUGCUCUAGACGAGAUACAGAGUUACUCGUAUUUUUCAGUUUCUUGAAUGAUCUCUUCAGAGGCGAGGCGUGAU